UGUUACCCACACCACAGGCUAUUUAAACAAUCCCCGAAAAUGUUAGAACUCUUCCCAAAAUUCAUCAUUUGGGCCCACUGUGCGAAUCCAAAGUCUCGAGCUUUCAUAGAGCUGGAAAAUUACUCAAACCGGUGGCAUUAAAUAUUUCGAAUUUACGUUUCGAAUCGCAUCAUUCGUAUUGAUUUGUAAGCUCUUUUCGUGUAUUAGUUGACUGGUUGUGGAGAGUGACUGUCGGUGUGCUGCCUUUUUAGAUAGAUUUUCGAAUGUGUUAAACAGUUGGAAACACGUCAACUUCCCAAUUCACACGAUUCGGCAAAUAUGUAUAUGAUAGUAAAUAAAAAAUUGGUGGUUGAUUCUAAAGACGAAUACUGAAAGAUACCCAAAGACACUGUUGUCAUUGGAAAGACAAAAAUAGAAGGGGAGACAAUUAAAAAAAGUUUCAAAGCUAGUUAUUGAUUUGAGUUUUAAUUUAUGGAGUUUUUAAAAGAUAGUCGCUGAAAGAUUAAUGGAAAAUCAUUAUGACUUUUAUGCACAUUUAACUGUCUUUUGAAUAAUACCAAAGGAUUAAAAAAUGUUACCAAUCGCAUUGAAAAAAAGUUCUGAAACGGCCUUUAUUUAAGGAUUUGGAAAUUUUCCAAAACUGGUUUUGACACAGAACGUCAACCGGGUUGAAUAUAUUAGGAACUUUUAAAGAACCUUAUUCGAGAGUUUUCAAAACUAAUUUGGAAUAUAUUUCACUUUUCUUUCAGUGAUUCGUUAUAUUCGAAAAGAGCGUAAUUUUUGACAUCCGCACCCAUGUUAAUGCCGCGCUAUAUGGGCCUGAACGAUAGCUCCUCGUCGUCUGGCAACCGCGGUCCUACAGCCACCAUCACCAGCUCCAGUUCAAACUCCAGCCUGGGCUCCCCGCCCACCACAGUGGCAGCCCACACAAAGAUGCGACUGCUGAGCAAAGUGGAGCACAACAUGCGUCAGAGCCAAGGUCAGAGCGGGCAGGACAUCAACAGCCUGCUGCACACGGCGUCCUCAGGUAAUGGCGUUGUGGGCGAUGUCGACGGCCUCCUGACGCCCAUGCGCAUUAAGGCCCAUGUCUCGCCGCCCCCCUCCUCCAGCAGCAUGAGCGGGAGCUCCUCCGGAAAAUGCGACUCCUCCCUGCAGGGCAGCACUCGGCCGGAACGCAACCUGUGGAGUCGUGCCGAAAUGCUGGAGAUGCUUAAUAUUAUGCAGGAAAUGAACGCCCUGGAGCAGCUAAAUGAUCGGAAUCUGAAGAGCGAGAAUGUGUUCCGUCAGAUCGAAGAGGUGAUGCGCAGCAAGGGCUACGUGAAGAAGUCCGGAAUACAGAUCUGGACUAAGUGGAAGUUCCUGAAGUCUACGUAUAAUACUACCACGCGCCACGGCACUGGGAUACCAAAGGUGGUCCCGGAGGAGGUCUACAGAGUGCUCUGCCGCAUGCUCAGCGGUGAACGGCGCAGUGGGAGCAACAGCAAUAACAUUAGUGCCAGUCUGAGCGAAGGCGGAAAUUCAAUGGACAGUUCUAGGACGCAGGGCGAGGAUCCUAAGGAGGACAUCCUGGGCGUGGAGCAUCCCAUUUUCGGCUUUCGACUGGGGCCCAUAAAACCAGAACCAGUUGAUACAGGCUACGAGAAUCCUUCGAAAUCGGACAUGGUGUCCGAACCGGAUAUGGAUGCUUUUGAUUAUGAGGCUGAGGGGAACGGUGAUGGCACUCAGGCGGGCCAUCAAGACCAGGAGGAAGUGCCCCAUCUGCCAUUCAUUGUUUCCGUGAAGCACGAGCCAGACAUGGACUUGGGAAUGGACGAAACAAAUACGCCACCGCCAACGGCACCUGCCUCGCCAUCCCCACCGCCUGCUGAACUAGAAGAUGAUGCCGACGGAGAUCCUGUGUACACCUCAACGCCAAUGCCCCCUCUGCGAGUGGCCUCGUUCGCCAAGGAUGAUCACAAUCGUCCCAGCCACGGCAUUUUGCAAAUCGACAGGCCGCCGCCAACGCUAACCAAGAUGGGCCGGGUGGCUAGCCCCAGCCGGAUGAGUCGCUCACUACCGCUUCAGAACACGAACAACAUAAACUUUGUCCACCCCACAAGCAAGCUUAUGCUGCCCCGCAAACAGAACUCUAACCAAUCCGGCAUGAGACUUCCGAGAGAUAUUAGUGUCCAGCCGUCGGGCAUGCGUAUGAAGACUGUGCCGAUGAGGGAGACUGGCUAUCCCCAUCGUUCUGAGCGUAUGAUCUCCGAUCUGGAACAGCCCAUGACCAGUCCACCGCACUCGCCAACCAUACUGCAAACCCAUCUGAACCGAGGUCCGCCGCCCAAGUAUCCAACUCACAGCCAACAUAUGGGCCCCUCCACCAGUAGGCAAGCCCAUACAAUGUCUACCCACCAGUUGACUCCGCAUCAACACCAACAAUUGCAGACCCGCAAACGCCGAAUGGGCCAGAGCCCAACAAUGGGGAUGCCUGUUCCAGUGAAACUCCAGCGCAGCUCCACAAUGUACGACUCCAAUCCUAAAGGACCGCGUGCCAAUGCACCUCCAGUGAGCGACGAGGGUAAGAGAAAAACUAGCGAAGAGGAUUCCAAGCGACGCAAAAAGCACCAUGAAGAGCUUUUCGCAAAAGAGCUGACCCACUUGGCAAAUGCGAUGCGGGUGGCACAGAAGGAAAUGCUAGUGGACUUCUUUAAGCAACAGAAAGAGUUUGCGCGACGGGAGCACGACUUCCAGAUGAAGCAGGACACGAUGGUGAUGCGGGCAUUGCGGAAACAGACCAAUCUGCUGCUAAAAACGGCCAAGGACCUGGUCGGUGGUGAUACAAAGGCUCUUGAUACUAAAUUGGAGGCUAAGGAAGAAUCCAUACCCGAAACCCAUAUGUCUUUCGAGCCGGAAACUCAGUUGGAAACUCGAAGGACAGACCAAAUUGAAAUUAGAGACGAAAUUUCAGAUGCUCAUGCAGAAGAGGAUGGGGAUGAAAUUAUGGUGGAUCCCCAAUACAUUGAUGACGAUGAGGAUGAUGAUGGUGGCGAAGGCGAGGAGGAUGAGAACGACGACGAGGAGGAAGAUGGGGAGAACCUGGUGGACGACUUUGAUCCAGAAAUGUCUCCACUGGCCUUGUCUGCCUCAGCAUUAAGUGAAGACUAUUCUAACCAAGUUGAUGGUCAUGAGAACCAUUAGUUGCGAUUCCCAUCUUUAAGUAUUAUUUAAAAAGACAGACAUCAUUGUUGAGACCGAUUCAUUCCGAUCGCAUUCCUUAAUAUAUACUAUACAUAUAGUAUUCCUAGAGCCACACCCGCGCGUUGUUAAAAGACUUGAUUAAACUUAAGCAUUAUUACAUAAACGAAACUUAAAAUUAACUAAUAUUUAUUGUUUAUCGGAGCUUAGUGCCCAAAACUGCUGUAAAGUUAUGGAUAAAAGAAAAUUCACGAUAUUAAAAAUAAAUAUUAUUGUGUAUAUUAUUGAAA